AUGAACGAUAAUGUCUUAGCCACAGAAUACCCUUUAGGCGUACUUAAAUAUUUAUAUGUUGUCGAUGAUGAUGACGAUGGUGAUGAUCACUAUGCUGCUGUUGAUGCUGCUGCUGAUGAUGAUGACGACGAUGAUGGUGUGUUAUAUUCUUGCAAUUUACAUUUUCAGAUUCAACUCGUAGCUUACAACACUGAUAUCUACUCCUCCUUCCGAGAGGCUCUACAAGCCCCGUACGGCAUUGCUAUCGUGUCUGUGUUCGCAGAGAUUGGUCAGCCCGUGAACGAAGCCUUUAAAACAAUGGCAACCUUUGCGCAACGGAUAUUGUGGAAAGGCCAGUCAACCCGGGUAGAGACGAUCCCCGCCAAAGCCCUCUUCCCCAACACCAACUAUUACGUCACGUACGAGGGGUCACUCACACAACCCGGAUGUUAUGAGACGGUCACGUGGGUCAUAUUCAACAAGCCCAUAUACAUUUCAAAAGAUAUGCUGACGUCAUUACGGCGCCUCCAACAAGGUAUAAAAGACGACCCAAACAACAUCGUGGCCAACAACUACCGCCCCAUCAUGCCUAUAAACAACAGAGUGGUUCGAACCAAUAUCAACCAUCCAGGAACGAGCACAAGCAACAUAUGUGGGAUGACACGAUACACGUUUUAUCAAAUAAACCCGUCCCUUGAUGUCUGACGGAAGACCAGGAUGCAGUAUGACCGUGCUGGCGCCACACUUCAACAUUGUAACAUAAUGUAUGCAUGUCGCGUUUUCUGUCAUAUUUAUAUAUUUUUGUACAAAUGUAGAGUUGUAAUAAAGAACAAAAAUUAGAAAUGUA